AUCACUCUGACACUGACUCUUGCCUCCCUCUCCUACAUGUAAGGACAUGUGUGACUACACUGGGCCCACCCAGGCUAUCCAGCUACCAAGCCAGAAAUGAUCCUUAAUUUUGAGCAUAAAGAAGAGUCAUGGAGCAUAGAAAUGAAAUGCAAUGUCAGUACUUUUCAGGUAAGAAACCAUAUGGAUGGAAUAAAUGUGCAGUGAAUUCUUAUGAACCACUCAUGACCUUGCUUCAGAGAACUUGUGCAGGAAAGAAAUCUCAUGAAUGCUGUGAUUGUAGGAAAGCCUUUUCCAGUAAGUUAAAGCUAAUUACUCCUCAACAAACUCACACAGAGGACAGACCAUUUGGGUGCAAUCAAUGUCCAGAAGCCUUCAUUACAAAGUCAGCACUCAUCUGUCAUCAGAAAACUCAUCAUAGAGAAGGGAAAUCCUAUGUAUGCAGUAAAUGCGGGAAAGCUUUUCCUUGGAAGUCAAAACUCACUUUACAUCAGAGAACUCAUUCAGGAGAGAGACCUUUCAGAUGCAGAGUAUGUGAUAAAGCCUUCAUGGUUCAGACACAUCUGACUGCACAUCAGAGAACUCACACAGGAGAGAAACCAUAUGAAUGCUCAGACUGUGAGAAAGCCUUCUCAAAAAAGGCUCAGCUCAUAAUCCAUCAGCGAAUUCACACAGGAGAGAGACCAUAUGGAUGUAGUCAGUGUCCAAAAGCCUUCAUUACAAAGUCAGCACUCAUCUAUCAUCAGAAAACUCAUCGUAGAGAAGGGAAAUCCUAUACAUGUAGUAAAUGCGGGAAGGCUUUUCCUUGGGAGUCAAAACUCACUUUACAUCAGAGAACUCACUCAGGAGAGAGACCUUUCAGAUGCAGAGUAUGUGAUAAAGCCUUCAUGGUUCAAACACAUCUGACUGCACAUCAGAGAACUCACACAGGAGAGAAACCAUACGAAUGCUCAGAUUGUGAGAAAGCCUUCUCAAAAAAGGCUCAGCUCAUGAUUCAUCAGCGAAUUCACACAGGAGAGAGACCGUAUGGAUGUAGUCAAUGUCAACAAGCCUUCAUCCAGAUUGUUUCUGCCAAGUGUGAUGAACUAUCACUACUUGAAACUGCUAUUGUUCUAGAGCUUUAUUUCUUAGAUAUGUAA